AUGGAAACGGGGACAGGAUGGGGACAAGGGGCUGGGCUGGGGACGGGGAGGCGGCUGGGGGUGUCACAGAAGGUUCUGCCCCGCCGUGUCCCCGGCGCAGAGCAGCGGCUGCGGCGCCUGGGGCUGCUGCUCACCGCCCCCCGGGACCAGCCCUUCUUCCGCCUCAGCCCGGCCCCGGGACCCGUCGAGGACGACCACGUCCCCUUCCUCCAGCGAGGUGUCCCCGUGCUGCACCUUAUCCCCACGCCCUUCCCGCCCGUGUGGCACACCCUCGAGGACACCGAGGACAACCUGCACCCCCCAACCAUGGCGGACCUGUGCAAGAUCCUGGUCGCCUUCGUGGCCGAGUUCCUGCAGCUCUGAGCAC